AAACAAAUGGCCACAUAAAUGCAUUUAAAAUCCUGAACAGGACCUAGGCCCUCCAUUAUAAAUUUAUAACCAAACAAUCUGCUUAGUUACCUGCAAACACUCUCCAAUGAGUUUACAAAUCACCCAUUCAUUCGAUCCAAUGCUAACUUUUUCUCUUUUCUUGGCCUUCAUCCUCUGGGCCAUAAUAUGGAAGAUAUUCAGAUUAUACAGUAGCAAGCCUCUAAACCUACCGCCUGGACCACGGCAGUUGCCCGUAAUAGGAAACUUACACCAGUUCAUGAUUAAUGGAGCUCUACCGUAUCGGAGACUCGCGGGUUGGGCAAAGAAAUACGGAGCCAUCAUGCAAAUUCAGUUAGGACAAGUUCCAGUAGUUAUUAUUUCUACUCCAGAAACUGCAAAACAGGUUCUGACAACUCAUGACCUCGUCUUUGCAAUAAGGCCUCCCCUCAUAGUCUCGGAUAUCAUCUUCUAUAAGGGGGCGGAUAUAGCCUUCACACCCUACGGCGACCUGUGGAAGCAGCUGCGGAGAAUUUGCAUGACAGAACUGCUAUCUCCGAGUCGUGUAAAAUCACUCAGAUCAGUACGGGAAGAAGCAGUAACGAAGCUCGUCAGCUCCAUCUCAUCCCGCGAAGGAUCUCCCGUAAACCUUAGCAAAAUGUUGCACUCGUUAGCAUGUACUGUCAUUUCAAGAGCAACGUUCGGCGACGAAUGCGAGGACCAGGAAGAGAUUAUCCCCAUUGCGGAAGAAGUUUUGAAAAUGGCCACAGGCAUUUGCAUCUCUGACCUCUUCCCUUCUUCCAAAAUCCUUCAUUUUUUUACUGGAAUACGGUAUAGACUCAUGAAACUGCAUAAAAAAAUUGAUUCUGUUCUUCAGAACAUAGUCAAUAAACAUAAGGUUUCCAGGGCUGCGUCAGGGAUAAAUAUGGAGGGAAAAGACAUUGUUCAUGUUUUACUGAAUCUUCAAGAGCAAGGAAACCUUGAACUUCCGCUCACCACCGACAAUAUCAAAGGGGUUAUCCUGGAUAUGCUAUUCGGAGGGAUAGAUACGACAGCUGCACUAAUAGAAUGGGUAAUGUCAGAAAUGAUAAAAAAUCCAAAAUGGAUGCAAAAAGUGCAAGAAGAAGUCAGGCAAGUUUUUAGUGCAAAAGUUGAUGAAGCAGAUUUUGAUAAAUUAAAGUACAUGAAGUUAAUUAUCAAAGAAACAUUAAGAUUACAUCCUCCUGUUCCAUUACAACCUGCGAGACAAGCUGCCCAUCAUUGCCAAAUCAAUGGCUACGACAUACCGGCAGAGACAAGAAUCCUUAUAAACUUUUGGGCGCUCGGAAGAGAUCCUAAUUACUGGUCGGAACCGGAAAAGUUUAUUCCAGAGAGAUUUAUUGACAAUCAAAUUGACUAUAAAGGAGUUAGUUUUGAAUAUUUGCCGUUCGGUAGUGGAAGAAGGAUAUGUCCGGGUAUGGUAUUUGGCAUGGCGACUGUAGAACAUACAGUCGCCCGAUUAUUAUACCAAUUUGAUUGGAAACUCUCGGAUGAUAAUAAGAAGAAAAAAGAACUGGAUAUGAUGGAGAAAUUUGGCAUAAUUGGUAAAAGAAAAAAUGAUCUAUACCUAGUUCCAAUCUCAUACCAUAACAGCAUGUAGAAGUUCUACGUAAGCUUGAUCUUAGCUAGAAAAAUAUAUUACUUCAUGGUUAAUAAUGGUGUGUUCUUUUUUC